AUGAAUUUGAUUUAUGCAAUUCCUUUAUUUGUUGGGCUUAUUGGAUCAGCAGUAUCCUAUAAAGUUCUAGUAUUCAAUCCGGCUUACGGAGCGAGUCAUUCGAAUUUUUUGGGCAAAAUAUCUGAUAUCCUUAUUGAUGCUGGAAAUGAAGUGACAAUGCUAAUUCCAGUAUAUCUGAGCAAUAAGAGGAAUCAAACAGGUUCAAAGAAAGUGACGAAGAUUGUGGAAAUCGGACAGGAUCCACGAACGAAAGCAAUAUUUGAAUCUGGACAAAUCGAAGGCAUCAUAAAAUCUAAAGUGUGGACUAUGGAUCCGGAGAUGAUGUCUCUCUUUGGAAUCAUCAGUGAGAUGAACAUUGGAAUUGGUUAUCAAUGUGAAUACAUUUUCCAACAGACUGAAAUUCUUGAACAACUUCGCAAUGAAAAUUUUGAUCUAGCUAUCACCGAAUCUCUUUUUGCUUGUCCCUUUGCUGUCUUCGAUCACAUUGGUAUUAAAACAGUCAUAAAUGCGGAAUCGAAUUUAUUCAAAGAUGCCAUGAAGUAUGCCCAUGGAGAGCCAGCUGCGAUCAGUUAUUUUCCGGGAUUGUUCUCUCCGAAUAACGACAAAAUGUCUUUUUUCACAAGAGCCAAGAAUUUGUUGAGAAUGAUGUUCACACAAUAUUUAUUUGGAUCGAGAUACCAAAGAGAACUCAGAACAAUCAAACCGUAUUACAACGGAACAGAAAGUUGGACAGAACUUGUGAGCAAUGUUGCAUUCUACUUUAUUAACUCAAAUCAAUAUCUGGAUUAUGCAAGUCCAACUCUACCGAAGACAGUUUUUAUCGGUGGGAUGCAAGUGGUUACUAAUAAAAAGAAGACGAAGCUGAAUCAAGAAUGGGAUACUCUUUUGAAAAUUAGAGACCAAAAUGUUCUGAUUUCUUUUGGAUCGAAUGCUCAUUCAUGUGAUAUGCCAGAAGAAUUCAAAAAAUCGUUUCUCGAAGUCUUUGAAUCAAUGCCCGAUACCACUUUCAUUUGGAAAUACGAAGAUGAAAAUGCCACGCUGGCUGAUCAUCUUCCGAAUGUGAAAUUGACGAAAUGGAUGCCUCAAAAUGAUCUUUUAGCUGAUGAUCGUCUAACACUAUUCGUCACUCACGGAGGACUGGGUAGUACAAUGGAGCUUGCUUAUCAGGGGAAACCGGCGUUAAUUAUUCCGUUACUUGCUGAUCAACCUAGAAAUGCUCACAUGCUCACACGACACGGCGGAUCACUUGAGUUCGACAAGAAGCUUCUGGGGAAUUCAGAAGAACUUCGAAAAGCAAUUCAGAUGGUGUUGAAGAACAAGAAGUACCUUGCAAAUGCUAAAUGGCUAGCAGGUAUUCUAAACUCUCAACCGUUUUCUCCGAAAGAUGUCGUCCUGAAUCAUUGCAAUUUUGCUGUCGAGCAUGGAACUUUGAACACAUUGAGUUCGGAGGGGAAACAUUUAAAUCUCUUCCAAUAUUAUUCCUUCGAUAUUGCUAUUGUUUUCUUAACUUUAGCUGUUGUUUUUCUAGUUUUAACUGUUUUUAUACUCUCGCUUCUUCUAAGGUUUUUGUCAGGAAUUUUUAAAAUCAGUAUGACUGAUACUCCUCCCAUCAAGAAGCAUACUCCUCGCGUUCGUAGAUCAUCUGAUGUUAGCUUGAGCGCUACAUGUGCAUCUACUCCAAAUAAUCAGCAAUCGGUUAAAAGAAGGGUAUCAGCAGCGAGCAGCGUGAGUGAGAAGAAGAAGCCAAAAAGAAACAGCUAUGAGCCCAAAAAGGAUCAAUACAUACACCCAUAUGACCACAUUUUCCACUGGUCCGAUCGUAAACUGAACGAUAAUUCUUACCUCGGAGUUAAGAGCUUGAGAUAUUCCGGAGCAGAUAUCAAAUUAGAAGAAGACAGAAUUGAACUGGCUGCUAAAACAGUAUUAAGGGAGAAGAAUGAGUUUGCUGAGAAAGAAUUUGCAACAUUGUUUCCUGAUGAUAACUCGGAUGACAGCGAUGAUGCCUACCAAUUGAGCAAGGAUGAAGAUGUUGCAGACGAUGAAAAUUACUCUGACUCAGAGAAGUAUUUUGAGAAGGCGAAAUACGUUCCAUUGACUUUAACUACAACGGGCGGAACAAGAAUUACUGUACCACCAGUUAGAAAGCCAUACGAAAUGACGAAAAUGCGGUUCGUGGAACCAUUGACUGAAAACGUUUACCGUGACGAUCAGCUGCAGUUGACACACUUUCCACAGUUUGAUGAGUUUCCUGUUGAUGAUCUAGACUACGAUGCCGUCACAGCAUUCCUUCACAGGACUUUUCCAAAUGGUGUCCAUGGAAAUUGGAGGAAUAAAUUCGAGACGAGUGACGAGAUGUUUUAUAAAACAUUGAUGGCGGUGCUACCCGGAACGAAGAACCUCGAUCUACUUUACCACGCAUUCUUCAAUACUUUUCCCAGCUAUGGCGCGCUCGAUGAAGUUCCUAAAAUGUUUCAUCGACUGCAUAAGAAGUACUCGAACGGGAAGGUUGAUUUGGAAAUAUUGGAACUAUUGGAUUCGUUGAAAGAUCCAAUGAAGACUAAAUCACUCCCCUACUUCAAGAAGUUUCCUUUUGACGUCAAGUAUCCCGACACUCGAGAAAACUUCAUUGUCCGAUUCAUCAAAAUUGCGGAGGAAGCGUGCUCUGAUAACUGUUAUUUACAUGAUGAUGAGCUAGCAACACGAAUGGAAGGAUUCUUUGAUGAUCCCGAUUCGAAGCAGCUAACACUAUUCAUUCUCAAAUCAACCAAACGGCAGUGUUCUGAGUUUCUCAACACUCUUCUGAUGCGAGACGAUAAAGACGUCGUGAAGAACUUUUGUCAAACAGCAAAGCUUUUUCCCAAUGGCUCAUGUGCUUCUUGGUUCAAAAAGUUGCUUGAUUCUGCCAGCUACUGUGAUGCAAUGGCAUUCCAACAAAAAAGUUACGCCAGAAGAAUGGAAAACUUUCGGCAUGCUCAAAAGGAAGACAAAAAGAGAAGAAGAGAACAGAAUAAGGGCGAGGAGGACAAGUACGAAGAUUACACAACUCAUUGUGAUCAUCUCGGUCCUUGUGGCCCAGGAGUUCGAAAUUGUCCAUGCAAACGCUUCUGCACAGUCUUCUGCAACUGCGACUUCAAUUGUAACCGAAAGUUCCCAGGUUGCGAGUGUCCGCCGGGAAAAUGUCAGACCCGACAAUGUCCAUGCUUUGAAAUGGACUUUGAGUGUUCAGAAUUAACAUGUAGACAGUGUCUUGAAGAUUAUACCCCGGAACUCUCGUCGUGUGACAAUUACGAAAUGACACAAGGAGACUUGAAGAAAAUCCGUUUUCUGUUGAUAGAAAAAGAAGCAGAAGAGAAUAUGGAAGUGGAAUCGGACAUGAGCAAUUUGGAAGGCGCACUCAUUCUGAAGAACUUUGCAAUCUCGGAAAAGAAGAAGAAGAAGAAGAUUCAGAAGGCGCCAACCCCACCAACCAGAAUACCUGAACCAAUCUUCAAUUUGCCAUAUCUAACCGAUGCCAUAAUUAUGGAUCUACUCGCUCAGCCAUCACCUGGAUCUCCAUUGUAUCCAGUCACCGAAACACAACUCGUCCCACUAACUAUUCUGAAAUUGGCUCCUCAUUUGAGUAUUCCUGUCUUGGAUGCAUACCGUACUAUUCGUCCUUCAUAA